GUUGACUUAAGUUAUUCAACACCCCCUGGCGAGUAGGGGGAAAGUUCCUAAUUUACUUAACUUAAAAUUAAAUACCUCCUUGUUUUUGUUUUUGUAUGUCGACAUUGGGAUGUGUAAUGUGGUAGUUUUUAUUUUUUUCACACCAUGGAGGUCUGGAAUUGCUCCGAAAAAGUGCAAAAUCAAAAUGAAAAUACUUUCGCGUUGAAUAACGAUUUUAUCGACGAUACUUUCGACUUUAGUUUUAAUAAUGUGUACGAAAAAGCGACCGACAAUCUUACGAAAUAUGACGACAAAGAGAAAAAUUCGACAAGUCUUGUUAAAUUACAAGAAAACGAUGAAAAUGCCGGUUACAUCCAACAAACGGUUUCUUUGGACGAAAUUUACAUGCACAUCCAUCCGGGGGCUUCCAAGAAAAUGCCAGAAAAACCAUCCCAUGCCACCUUGACAAUAACAAGUACAGACCCCACAACCAAAGAAACUACCACAAACCGUUACAAUUGCGAAUACGUCGGUUGUACUCGAACUUACAGUACUGUUGGUAACCUGCGAACACAUAUGAAAACCCACAAAGGUGAAUACAGGUUUAAAUGUACAGAGCCUAACUGUGGCAAAGCCUUCUUGACCUCAUACAGUUUAAAAAUACAUAUCAGAGUUCACACCAAAGUGAAGCCUUUUGAAUGUAAAAGCCCCGGUUGUGAUAAAGCGUUUAAUACUUUGUACCGGUUAAGGGCCCAUGAGCGGUUACAUAACGGCAAAACGUUCAAUUGUGAGUCGGAAGGCUGUAUGAAGUUUUUCACCACACUGUGUGACUUAAAGAAACACAUUCGAACUCACACUCGUGAAAAACCCUACAAAUGUAAGGUGGGUGGGUGUGGGAAAGCGUUCACCGCAAGCCACCACUUGAAGACCCAUCAGAGGAUCCACAGUGGGGAAAAGCCCUACACUUGCAAGGAGUCAAGUUGCAGUCGGGCUUUUGCCACUCUUCAUAGCCUCAAAUCGCACAUAAAGAUUCAUCAGAGGUCAGAGGUGGUCAAGGAGGAGAAGGAUGGUGACCAUGAAAGGAGAAAUAGUGAUAUUAACGUGCCUUUUGAUUUUGAGGGGAACUACACGAUUGGGAGUUUCGGAAGUGCCUUAGACACCUGGGAUGACUUGGAGAAAGCUGAGACUAAGAAAAGUGAUGUUCCAUGUGUCAACACAAAACAAGUACCUGAACCUAACAAUCAGACCAAAUCCAACCUAGAACCGGUGAAUUUCGACAACCUAUUUAAAAACUCGUACAACCUAAUCAACAACAAUUACGUUAGUCAAAACUCCAAUGCCAGUCUCCCAUCUCUAACUUUAGACAACAAAGCCAAAUACGCCGCUGUGAUCGAAACCGAUCUAAGUUCUCAAUUUGAAAUGGCUAACGGUUUGAAAAAUUACGCAACGGUCAACACUGCUGAGCCAAUUCCCACUCAGCUUCCUUACAACAUCGGGACAGAAAAUGUAGAAAACGGUAAAGCCGGGGAAACCCUAAACGACACGCAAAUGGAGCUCGAAGACAGUUCCAUAAUAACAGAAAUCGAGGACGCCGGGAUAAAUUUUGACGUCGAUAUGUUCGACAAUGUUUUCAACGAUGACAAAAACAAAAAAAUCAACGUAAUAAGCGUGAAGAAAAUCGUGCCCGAAAACGAUCUAGUGAACUUGGACAAGCAGAUUUACACUCCGGAAGCCCUCCAGAUGUCGCUGGCGUGCGACGAAGAAGUGCCUUCGAUGUGGGUCGAUGUUAUGAAUUACUACAAUUCGGGCCAAGCCAAUGUCUUUGAACAAAACACAAUCGAUGACAGUCAAAUCAUUGCUGUACCAACCGCCGUCCAAUCGUACGUCAAUCUUCCCCCACUCCAAACAACUGACAAUCAACUCGACAGCACCUACAACCAAUUGAAUAACUUCCUGAUGCAGAAUUUGGAACAAACGACUAACACCGAUGCCAACUUGUUGAAGAAUUUGACAGCCGAGGCUGAUAUCUGCAAAUGUGUGGAUUGUAAAUGCGACUCGGUGAAUAACUGUCAAAAUUGCGAAGGUCACGAUCGGGUUGAGGCGCCCCAAACUAAAGUCAGUUGUUGCAGCAAGCCGGUGAAAAAUCUAGGAUGUGGAGGGGAUAAAAAUGAUUGUUGUGUCGUCGUUUGUUUGAAAACUUUGGAUCAGUUGAGGCAGAUUUUGAAUAUGGCGAGUACUUGUGGAGGAUUUCAGAAUUUAACGUUGGGGUGUAUCAAAGGGGGGGAGUUUUGCGCCGUACAAAAGUAGAUUGCUUAAGCCGAAUUAAUGCAGCAUUGUGAUUGGAUAGAGCCAAAGUUUAGAUGUACUAAUUUUCGUGUGAUGUGCCAAAAAUAGUGUAGUGCAAUAAUAUUAUGUUGUGAUAUUUACAACUUUUUAACAAAUUAGAUAACUUUUUUAAGCGUAGUUGUAGUUGAGGUACAGCUCGGGGCAAACGUAAUGGUACGUCGUUGCUUUUGCCGCACGCUGUACCAAGUAUUCGUCAACUUCUUCGAUAAUUGUACUAAUGAGAGAGCAGCCGUGAAGAUUACAUUCUAGUCAUUUUAUUUUAAUUUUCCUGUUUCUUAUUGUGUCCUACAAGGCUUACGGAUGAUAAAAGUUAAAUGCAUAUUCUUAAUAAAAUAUUGUUUGACA